CGAACAUCGAAACAAAGUCUUGUUAAUUUAACGCUAGCCAUUAUUUCAUUACAACAAUUAACAUUCAAUAAAGUAGACUUAAAAGAAAACUUUACUUACUUUGUAGAAAAAUUUUUAAUUCUAUAUGAAAAAAUGUCGAAAUAUUUAUUUUUGUUACUGACAAUCGGACUUUUCGCUGCAACUGUCUUUGGCCAUAAUGAAGAAGAGGAAGUAAAUGAAAAAGAUAGCGCAAAAGCUGAAGAUGAAAUGGAGGAGGCAGUAAAAGACGAAAAAGUUGAAGCCAACGAAGAGGAAGAGAAAGAAGAAGUAUCUGAAAUGCCAAUGGAGUCAUCCAUGCCAUCUGAUGAGAUGAAUCCCAAGGAACAACAGCCU